AUGGCCGCUGCUGAAGAGGAAUACUCUUUGAAAGAUGUUUUUGAACAAGGAUUUUUGUUGCAUUGCCAGAUAGAAGACAGUGAUGAACCUAGCAAUUCAGAAGGAUUCCAGGUAGUAUCUUACAUGUACGUUAAUAUCAUACGUAUUCCUAUUUUAAAAUGUCAAAAAAUGGGAAUGAAAAUGUAAAACUUGCACUUCGUUUCAGCUUUUUAAUACUAAAACCCAGUGGCUAUUCGUACGGGGCCCGUACACCGAGUUGUAUUUGCUAUUAAUAUCGAAAAUAAGGGGCUAAGUAGGCGCGGAUCCACACCGGUUUCCACCGUUUUACAGUAACGGGUCAGAUUUUUCACAUAAACAAAUUUCAGUAAUGAUAGAACUUUCCAAGUUGAAAUCUUAAAAAUGGUUUGAGCAGAUGUUUUCUUUUUCCAAUUUCCGGGCAUUAGAUGCCCCCUCAAUAAAUCAUAAACCCUGAAAAGGGAAUUUUAGGGGGUUAAAAUCCCUAGAAGCUUGCUCCCUCAGCCCCUCGUUUAGGAUCUCGGUCAGUAUUUAUCCUAGAUCUGCGCCUGCUAUUAGUAACUGUGGCGAAAAGACUCGGGGGCGAAAUGAUCUAUUACCUUAUACCCUAAUCACUAUUCUCAGGGCUUUACCCUAAUCAUUGAGGGGCUUUUUUUUGGAGGGGCUUAUAUUUGGUGGGGCUUUAUCUAUGGAAGAAAUUUGCGUUUCAAAAUCGAUUAGGCUAGCCUUACAGUUGGAAUUAAAUUUACCGUUUUUGCUUUGUUUUACUUUGUAUUUGAGGGCAAUUUUCCAAGUACAAGCUCCCGAAGGGCUUAUAAUUGGAAGGGUGAUUUAACGGAGGGUUUUUUGCAUUACCGGUUAUGGGGGGGCUUAUAUUUGGAGGGGCUUAUACAACGAGGGGCUUAUUUUUGGAAUUUUACAGGAUCUUGAACGGCUUUUCAAAGCUUUAAAAAAAUGACUGGCUCUUUAGCUCAGGACUAAGUGUCUAAGCAUCCCUAGUAUGACAUGUAGUAUGAUGUGUAGGCCCUUUUGGAUGUUUCUCCUUGAAAGGAUGUUAUUAUGUUUUUAAUUAUUUGUAGAGUGAAUGUUAAUAAGUAAAGGUUUAACCCAUUCGCUCCUGGAGAUUUUGCUGAAAAACGCGUUUUGAAGCUAGUCGAGUGGUUUUCUGGUCACUGUCGUGCUAUAAAGAGCUAAAACUUACCACAAACCGGUUUACAGGUCGUACACUUCCUGGCCUUCUGAUCCAGAUCUAAACUAUCAGCUUGCGAAGUUCGGGCAUGCCCAGAAAGCAAAAUUUCGAGAUAGUUUUUGGGUUUAAAAGUGACACAGCAGUCUUGACUUUUACUUUUCGCUUUCUCUCCUCCCCUCUUUUUUCGCUUUUCUUGCCUCAUUUUUUUUUCUCUUGCUGGGCAUUUAGUAGGCUUCAUUUUGGUAGGAAUAGUUUUGAGGAAAGCUUUUACGAUCUUAGGAUUAGGUGAAAGGAAAGGUAGGUGGGCAAUGGAACAAGAUUUUCAUGGAGAUUUUCAGGUCAAUGUUACAUGGUUUUUUGCCUCUUUCUCCGGUGUCCUUGACUGAAUUGUGCUCAUUCUGGUAUGGUUUGAAAGAUCUCUUCACUCUGCACAAGUUAGCGGACAAAGUUGUCCUUGACUGUUAAAACUGAUGACGUCACAAAGGGUAGAAAGGACGUGGAUCCGCACGGGCGGUUACGGGCGGUUCAGGGGCGAAUGGGUUAAGAAGCUAGCCAGUCACACAGGAAAAGUAAUCAGUCGUUACUACUUGAAAAAAUUAUCUUACAGGUAUAUAUGGUUUCUUUGUUUUAUUAGUUGGCUAUAAAAGCUGUUUACCAACUGACAGUGACAUCCCUGCUAAGGUUUCAGCUAUGGGGAAAGUAGUGAGGCCACUUGAUAUUUAUGUUUGGCUUCAUUCACUUAAAGGUCGUCGCUCUGUGAAUUCCUUUUUUGCAGGAGAAGGUCACUACAGCAGUGGAUCAAUUUGUGCGUGCUACUGAGAUGGUCAAUAGCUUAGGUUUGUUCAGUGCAAAUGAAGAGUUAGCUGAAGUUCCAACAUCUGAGUUGAGGUAG